UACUCGCGCUUUCUUUCCCGCACCGUCAAGGAGGGUUUCUCUUCAUCUUCGUUAGUUUUCCCUCUUUUGCUGGUUCUCUUCAUGGCGCAAGCUCCAGGGUUCUUGUCUUCCACCUGAAGAGGAUAUUCCAGGCCCAGCCGACUGAGCAAUUUUAAGAUUUUUCUCUUUUUCCGUUCCUUCUCUUUGGCAUAUUUGUUAUCGUUGAGUCUCUGAAGAGAAUGGCGAAGAAGAGGAAAUCCGAUGCAACGGGCUUGGAUGAGGUAGACAGGACCAUGUACAGCACCUUCUGCAGCGCUGCCAAUUCACUAUCGCAGCUAUACACGCAGGCGCAGAACCAGCAGAAACUCGCCUUCCAGGCGGGUGAGAGGCACGGGAUGGAGAAACUGUACCAGUGGAUACUGAGGCAACAUGAAGAAGGAGCAAGGGUGACUGCAGCAGAUAUUGUUGCUUAUUUACAGAAUGAGCUUGAUUGCAGUGGAGAAGAAACAUCGACAUCUCCAGGGUCUCAAAUGUAUCACCAGAAUGCUCAGCCCCAGAUGUUCCUUUUGAAUAAUUCCUUAGCAUAUCCUGGUGUAACUGGACAGGCUCUGGCUCAGGGCGCACGACCUAGCCAUUCUGAUCAGCACAAGAAUUCGAUUUUUUCUAAUGCUUUAUCCAGUCCAGUGCGGAGAAGCCUUCAGCCAUUUCAUUUAGCUCAGGCUGGUUAUUUGCCCAGCAAUGUGUUGCAGAGUGGAAAUGGAGGGAGGAGAGUCGGCUCCUCUGACACGGACCAGCAUGGCACAUUUUCACAAAAUCACGACAUUAGUGGUGGUGUCCAAUCUCUUCAGGUGUGCCAAGCCCAUUCCCAUCAAAACAGGGAAAUCCAUGCCUCUAAUUCAAAUGAUUCUUCAAUGGACAUUCAUGAGGAAAGCCCUGCUCAUGACUCCUAUUAAGAAUUUGGUGCUUGGGAUCUGUGUUUUUAAGUCUUGCUCUUGAUUGGUGCAUCAGUGAGAAAGGUAUUCUCUCCUGAAAAACGUUGAAGCUGCGAUCUAACUGGCAUGUCGAGUAGGAAAAUUUCAUCAACCAUGAAGAAGCUUUAAAAGAUGGGAAAAGCAAGGUGUGUCAGUGUGUUGAAUACUUCCUUCCCCUUGGUGGCUUCCAGCACAUUCUGUAGAGCCUUCCGCAGUUCCUUGGGUUUAUAGUGUGUUUUGGCUUUGUUCAAGUGGCUGCAUUGUUGGACUGCCUUGAGUUUCCUUUUUAUACUCAGACAUAAAUAAGUUUGUUUUGUUUCCUGCUUGUAAUAUUUCUGCCUAAGAUUCGUUUUAGUAAUCAAAGUAGUUCACAUUUUAUGUUGCA